GCCGCUGUCUGCGCACUGCAGCUCACAGCAGCCUAUGUUUCCCUGUUUUUUUCCCCUCGUGUUGUUUGAGUGGACUGGUGGAUCCGACAAAGCUUCGGAUGGGUGUUUCUCUUUAAUUCUGCGGCAUCUAUCUCCCUGUAUGCGGGCCUGGUUUUGUGGAGGAGGGCGGGCCGUGCACAGAUGAGCACAUUUCGGACCGUCAACUCACCGCUGCGGCAUGUUCGGAGCAGGAACUUGGGAUGAUUUCUGUUAACUUGGUUUGCAUUGAUUGGAUUUGGGAAUGGCAUGCAGAGCUUCAAGUUCAGCAUAUUUAAGGCCCAUGUCUCCUGCUUGGAAACUGACUUAGGAUCGCCCCCACGGAGGCGCACGGACUUUGGAGACCUAUUCUGCAGAGGUAUUUUGGCGCAGCACGCACGAUCUGGCGCAAAAAAAAAAAAAAAAAAAGGGAUGAUCCCCCAGUUUAUUGAUAAGACAGACCACUGAGAUUAAAACGUAUAUUCGGCUGCACACACAAAAAAAGAGCCGCUUUCCCAAGAUGAUGUCACUGAUAGAUCUGGAUGAUGACCAGCGGUGGGUGCCCACGCAUGUGAAUGUCACCGUGCUCCGCGCAAGGGGACUGCGCACCAAGGGCAAGCACGGCAGCCGAUACCUCUACACCAUCAUCCAGGUGGGGAAGGAGAAGUACACAACAGGGCUGGUGGAGAAGGCGGAGGUACCCGAGUGGAAUGAGGAGUGCUGUUUCGAGCUGCUCCCCGGGAUCCUGGAGGACGGGGGCCGGAGCGCCUACCCACCGGGGAGCGGAGACCUGGUGCUCACCGUCAUGCACCGGGUCCUCAUUGGACUGGACGUGUUCCUCGGUCAAACCAUCAUCCCUCUUGAUAAGAUAUUUCAGGAUGGAAUGUGUCCUAGAGAUGAGUGGUUCAAGCUCAACUCUAAGGUGGGACGGAAGGAGAAGGAACGUGGUGAAUUACAGGUGACCGUCCAGUUCACCCGCAACAACAUGACGGCCAGUAUGUUCGACCUCACGAUGAAAGACAAGCCCCGCUCUGCUUUCGGGAAGCUCAAGGACCGCGUCACAGGGAGGAAGAGGGGGGACAUGGAGUCUUCGUCUGCCAUUGUGCCGGGUCGAUACGCCGCCCUGUCGGGGUCCCUGGGGCAGCCGUUUGGAGGGGAGGUCGGAGGGGCGGCGGAGCCUCGGGAGGUGGAGGUAACAGAGGAGAAGAGGAGUAAGAUGAAAGAUUUCUUCAAAGGCAAACUUCGAAAGUCAUCUGACACCAGGUCGUGCUCAUCGCUGGCCUCAGAGAGUAGUAUGUCCUCCAUGGCCAGCGAUAACCCCGGCCCUCCGCCCAGUCUGGACCUGCUAUCAGAUCCACCCAGCUCCCCCAUCUACUCUAGCAAAGUGAGAGUGGACACACACUAUGGAGAGGCAGAUUUAGCUAAAAAAGUGCUCACCAGUCAACACACCACUAAGGUUCUGACACAUAAGCGAGCCUUCAGCGAUGAAGCCAGUAAGAUCACAACAGGCGUCCUUCGAUCGAGCCCUGCAGUGGAGUCCCUUAAAGGUCAGACCAUGACUCAGUCCAAGUCUUCUCUGUGCAUUAACGGAAGCCACGUGUACGACUCUGAGCCGUCGACUCCGAAGAGCUCUGGCGCUCUCCCGUCCAAACUGGUUCUGCUGGAAAAAUGCUCCCCGCUCUCUCGUUCCCUGCAGAACCUCACCAAACGAAGCGAAGACAAAGGUUCCUUUACUGAGGGCCGCCGCUGGUCCUUUGACAAGAUGAAGAAAGACGAAAAGGAGGAUGAAAAGGAAGCUCAGACAUCUUCUCCUCCGAAUCAAGACGCUCAGAUAGGUGGUCGCCCAGUGCAGGCAGCCAUGCCCAUCGUCUCCGCCGCUUCCGAUUCAUCCGACAAAGGAAAGAAGUUAAGAAAGACGCUAUUCUCUGGAGGGAGGAGUGAUUCUCUCCCGGCCAAGUCAGAGGUGACCCAGGCUGGUUCGACGUCUGAGGGGCGACUCAGAGGCUGGUUUGGCUCCAGCGAGUCUCAGAACAAGCCGAGGCUGGAAGUUUCUCCUAAGGUAGAAAGCAGCUCAGAUGUACCCCCUCCCCUCCCGCCUCGCUCCCCUGUGCCCCCUCAGUGCUCCUCACCUUCUGCUUCCCUCACUGGUCAUGUCUCCCCCGAUGAAGGGAAUCACACUAAUCCCUUCACCCCAUCCCCCUCCCCUUCCUCGCCGCCCAUAUCCCCCUCCAACCCGUUCCUCCCACGUAUGCAGCGUAAUCCCUUUUUCGAGGAGCUCAUAGCCGAAGAGUCGCAGAGGUCCCCUCCUUUCGCACCUUGCUCCUCUUCUGGCUCAUCCCCCUUUCAUUACACCACUCUGCCCUCCCAACCCUGCACACCCAGCCCUCCUUGUGACGUUAAGGCAACAAAUAUGGCCUCCAUAAAGCGGGAGCGCCCCAGGCCGGUAGCUAGGCAGAUAUCUCUCCCUGCAUUAUUACCCAAAGCCUCCAGUAACCCUUCAGCUCCUCGGUCCCUAUCAGAAAGUGCCAGAGAAUGGGACGAGUCUUUUGACGCCUUUGCUUCUAGUCGCCUCAACUCACCCAAAUCCAAUCAUCCAAUAUCAAAUCAUAAAAAAGAAAACAUAGUAAAUAAUAUUAAUACUUUCAGUCUUGCACAAGAGCUGGAAAUGUGUGAACAGGAGCCUCCGCCGUUGCCUCCAAGACGACUUUUACGAACACCUGUGAAUGAGUUGUACUCCGACGGCUGGUUGCACAGAGGUCAGGAGCUCGCUGUCCAUAAAGAGGCCUACCUCCUGUCGCAGACCGGUGUGGCCUCGCGACAACGUGGAAGAGGAGAAUACAAAAGAAACACACCCAGCAUCUCCCCGGAUCCUCACACUAGCAGCGAAACUUCCGAUUCCAUCAGCGCUCACUGUCAGCCGUAUGCAAAUCUUACUUCUCCGCCAUUCAUGUGUGAAGAAAAGCUGAAAAAUAUGAUCAAAUAUGAACCUUUGCAGGAUGAAAGCGACUUCUGGGGAGGGAUGUUGUUUGAGCAAGAUUUGUACGGCCGAAACUAUGGGCAGCCCCAAAUAAAUAGUCGCCAUUUAUCUGUUAAUGCAGAGGAAACUACUGGAAGCAAGGUGCUAUCUAAAAUCUCAGGCCCUAAAAUGCUUCUUGGAAAUGAAAUCCCUUUUGCAGACCUUUUGAAGAUGUCAUCCACUAUUCUUUCUAAGCCAGAUGCAAAUUUAAUAGAUUAUACUUCCAAUCCAGAGGAGGAAACAGUAGACUCAUCUGAUGUUAAUCCAGCCCAAAGCACAUGCAUCAACAAUAACAUUUCGUUCUCACUAACUUUAGGAGAUCUGAACAUGAACGUGAAUAACUCAGAUUUUAGUUUUAUUGAUUCUGAUGGAUCUUCUCAUUCGGAGGUAGCUGAUACUCACAAAGGCUUGAGUAGUCAAAGCCGGACUUCUCAACAACAAGCAGAAGAUUCACACAUCCCUGCUUAUCAUGAGGAAACAAUGACCACACCAGAGGAAAUGUUCACUUUAAAGGACACCUACAUACCUGAGACCAACUCCUCAUUUGAAAUAACUGCAUCGUCUAAUAAAUUGUUGAGUAUCUCUCCAGUUUGCCAAGAACAUUGCAAAGAUUGUCUUAACUGUGAUCAGAAAAAUGUAGCACUACACGGUAAAUCCAGGGUAAUAAGUAAAGACGCCGCCGCUUUACCGCAACAAAAACAAGCAUUUAAACCACCUGAUGUAGAAGCAGAACCCAAAGAUGAUUUUAAAACGUUGCAAAAUGCUGUCGAUGAUAAUGGAAAUCUGCAACAAAAGGUGGUUAGUGCACGUUUUAGACCCAAAGCUGUGACCAGAACAAGUAGCUGUAGUAGCCUAAUCGACCAAAACAAAAACGGAGAGGGAGAGUUUGAGCAGUUUUUGUCUCUCGUUAAAAACAUUUCACAAGAAAGCGAAGGACCUUUGUCAUAUCAGCCCAAUAAACCAGCUCUGUCUUCCUCACUGGCGUUAGAUCAACAGACCGAUUCACUCAUGGAUAGCACCAAGAAAGACCAAACACAGCAGCAAGAGAUUAAUUCAACAUCACAAGUAUCCUCAGGGGAUAAGUCACUUCUUAAAGAAAAUUGUGUGGCAGGAAAACGCACAGAGCUUAGUUUUGAAGACUUUCAUGCAAAAGUUGCCCCGACUUCAAGAACCCCUUUGAAAUCAAAGAUUGGACAAUCUUUGCAAGAGCCUUCCUCUGCCAUUCCUUCUGCACUGUCCCCGUCAGCUGAUGCUCAGGCUAAACCCCCCUCUAACCCUGUCUGUUGCCCCUCCAUACGUCCCUUAAGUAGCACUGGAGUCAGUACUACUGUGGCUGUGGCCCCCUACACCUCCUCCUCCUCCUCUUCCUCCUCCUACUCUACCACCUCCACCACUGACCAGCCCCUGGUCGAUGCACGGCACUCACUUUUGCCUGAGGAGACACAGCCAGCUAGCAACCUGCCCCAUCAGGAGAGCAGACCUCAUCUAGUGAAGCCAUUAACCGCCAGCCAGUCAGAGAAGAAGGAGAGUCGUUCGGUUCUGGAGAAACUCAAGUCGACGAUUCACCCCGGACGCAGCGCACACCAGGUCGCAGCCGAACCUGAGAAGAUUCAGGAGGUGACAGUGGACAACUCUGCUCAGUACCAGCAUCUGACCAACAUGGAGCUAAUCGCUCUGCUGCUGCAGCAGGAGAUGGAUAUGCAGAAACAACAGGCGGCUUCAGAGCAGCAGGAAGCACGGCUGGAGAAAUGUGAGGCCGAGCUGAGAAAGGUCAAGCUGCAGGUUCGAGACCUAGAGGACUACAUUGAUAAUCUUUUGCUGAGGAUCAUGGAGCAAACUCCAACGCUGCUUCAAGUGCGCUCAAGACACAAGUGAUGAGAGAAACUGAGUGGGCACAUGACGAAUCAGUUUUGUCUGGAUGUUUUUUUGAGUUGUUGUAAAUGCAAAGAGCAAAACAGUGAAGGUUGGGAAUCUUGUGUUCUAGAGGAAGAAAACUCCACAAACACGGACUCACAGUCGUCCAGGUCUUCUCACUGCUAAUACUGCCCUGUUGAUGUAGACACGAUAUUAUCUAACAUGCAUGCUGAUUACUAGCCUAAUUUGGAACAAAGAAAAAAAAAGUGCUACAAAAAAAAAGCUUCAGUCCAAACAGAUGCAAUCAGUGAUUUUAUCCAUGCUUCCUAGAAUAAUUUAAGGUAGUCAGCUGCUGUCGAUUUCAAAUGUAAACUCACCGCUUCCACUUAUGCAUAAAGUAAAAACAGACUGGAAAUGUCUUUAAUGUACGUUUUAGAGAACUAAGUAGUUACUUUGUCAAAAUAUGAUGUUAGCUCGAGUCUCUGCAAAUGUGCAAUCUUGUUUUUACAGCUGCUGAAAUGCAAAAAGAAUAUUUUGACACAAGAUUUUCCAACUCAAGCAGCUCCAUGAAAUGCCUUGUGGAACUUGAAUUAACCACAUGUUUUGAAUAAAUAUUUAGCAGGAUAAAAAAUAAUGCUUUGUAAUGUGAAUAUUGAAUUAAGCAUAAGAGAGCGUUUCUGCAUUCACGUGUCUGUAUGAUAAGCAAAAGAACAAUUCUGUGCCUCUAUGAGAAGAGUUAGAAAAAUGAAAUCUUCCUUUCGGUUUGUGUUUUUAGUUUUUACAAAAUGUCUUCCGUAAAGUCUUAUUUUCAAGCACAGGCUAAAAUUACUUGUUUUAAUAUAUAUUUUUUUGCUCUGCAAAUGUUUAGAUAGCGACAUGUCACUGCAAAUGAUAAAAUUCUAAGUAAAUUAUUUCUAUUGAAUACUUUUGUCAUGAUAAUAUAUUCUCUAACACACACCUAGUGUCACUGCAGCUACUUGCAAUGCUUUACAUGACCACAGUACUGUACUGUAAUAAAAUAAAGUGCAUAUGAACCAAUUAAAACUUUUUAAGGUCUUCA